AGCACCCAAAGAAACACCACCACAAACACACACUCGCACACACACACACAACCCUAGCUUAGUUGCUGCAGUGGCAUUGUAAACGCAAAAAAAAAAAAAAAGAAAAAAGAAAGAAAUGCACCGCCGAUGCUCGGUUAAGAGUAGUAGUUGGUGGGGAAAAAAAUGCAUGCUGUCGGACAAGUGUGGGGAAAUGAAAUUACUUCAUCUUUAAACGCAAUUGGGCUAUCAAACGGGCGCGUUUUGGUGGGGGGAAUCAAGAAAUCGCUCUCUCCUAGCCGCUGGUAGUUUUUACGACGAGCAGCAGUCGGUUUGCGUCUUAUGUAACUAACGGCCUCAGCGUUGGUAAGGAAAGAGGGAUCUGCUGAAUGAGAGGGAGGAAAAGAGAGCAGCACCGCUUUGAAUUCACAUGGCAAUUUACAUUUAGGUUAGGGCACCCAAACGCUACACAAAUACAAAUUGGGUGCUACUGGGGACGGCUACUGCAUUGAUUAAGACUUUGAGUUUUGAAGCCAACAAGCGAGGGGACACGGAAUGACUUUGUCGCCGCAAGUAGGUUGUUAAGGUGAUGGUAGACUCUCGACAGCCGUGACCGAGGACCUAAAUCAGAACCAUGUAAAAAAGAAAAGAAAAAAGAAAAAAAGUGAGGACAACACCAGCAGCAGCCUGCAAAAUACCUCUUACACGGAUCUACAACACCGUUGUUCAUAUUCAUAACAGUAUUGCCCAACUUUUCACCACAAGAAGAGCAACAGCCCAGGACCAAAGCUAGUGGACGCUGCGUGGAAUAUUACAAAGAAGAGGCUGACAAGUUUUUUUCACUGGGUUUUGUGUGGAGUUAAGUGGACCCGAUAGAGAAAUGGCGGGAUAUUAGUGUGGGCCUGACACCUGGUUUCUGCCUGCCAUUAGCGUGUGGAGUACAGCGGGCUGGUAGUGGGACAUCGCUGCUGGACGUGGGACCGCUGCGGUGUGGGGUUGAGUGGAGCCGCUCCACCAGAGCUGAUGCCAUACCCCCGAGUCAGCCAUGAUGCUUUUGUAACCUGAUGAUCAAUACAGAGAUGGUGAGGAAGAAGAAUCCCCCUAUCCGGAGUGUGGGAGGCGAGGAGGAGGAGGAGGAGGAAGGGAGGAGAAGAGGAGAAGAGGAGGAGGAGGGAGAAGAGGAGGGCAGAGUUGGAGCGGAGGCUGAGCGCAUAAUCCGACCCUCCGAACCUGAGUCUUCGGACCGGACGAGAGGAGAGGACGAGCAGGAAGAGGAGGAGGGCGAGAGCGAAUGCAUCUCCUCAUCCGUGUCUCCGUCAUCUGUUGGUGCGAGGGAUGAUCGCUAUAGCAACGACGAGAGAGGGGGGAGGCGAGGAGGGGGGCGGGCCAAACAAGGAGUCGUGGCUUUGACAGACAGGCCCGAGAGCCAAUCGGAGCCCGAGGACGGGGAGAGGGGUGGAGAGGAAGGAAGCAAAAGAGAGAGAGGGGACGCUGAUCACCUCACUCCGCCUCUGCUCCCUGCUCCUCAUCUCCUUCCCAGACAAGACGGAGGGGAGGAAUCAACGACGGACACCCCUCCGCUCUCCUCAAGCCCCUCCCCGAAACUCCAGGACUUCAAGUGCAACGUGUGCGGUUACGGCUACUACGGCAACGACCCUGCCGACCUGGUGAAGCACUUCAGGAAGUAUCAUCUGGGUUUGCACAACCGCACACGGCAGGACGCCGCCCUCGACACUCACAUCCUGGCCCUCCACAACAUGGCUCCCCAACACACACACCUAGACAUACAGGCGGUACAGGGGCAACGGAACCAAGCCAAAGAGUUGGCAAAGACAAGGCCGGAUUUACACAGCCAACAGCACAGAACGGUUAUGAUGAAUGGCACGUAUGAUGUACAGGUGACGCUGGGCGGCACGCUAAUCGGGAUUGGCCGGAAGACCCCUGAUUGCCAGGGAAACACUAAGUACUUCCGCUGCAAAUUCUGCAACUUCACAUACAUGGGCAGCAGCUCUUUAGAACUUGAACAACACUUCUUGUCCUCCCAUCCAAAUAAGGUCAAAACUCCGCCCACCACGCCCCUACUGCCCAGUAAUAAUCUGGCAGCCCACGACAACCAAGCGAAAGGGAGGAGUCAAGUCUUUGACGGGGCGGAGCGAGUUGCCGUCAGAGCGGAAGAUGAGUCGUUGGUGGGGUACUCCAUUCCCGUUAGGGGCGGCUCAGAUUCGUCGAGCUGGUCGGGAGAAGCGGGACGAGGUGCUGUGCUGGCCUAUUAUUGGUGUAAAUUCUGUAGCUGGAGUUGUGAGUGGGCAGGGGGGUCGGCGAAGCUUUUAGAGCACUACGAACAAAGACACAGAGUGAACGCAGGAGGUGCUAUGAGCCCCAACAACUCCAACCCUGGGGGGAUGGAGAGAGAGAGGGAGAGAGGAGGGAGAAGAGAAGGAUGCGAGAGAGACCACAUCACGUCCAAAAGCCGCAAAGAUCUGUCGUCCAACCCAUCCAGCAUGAACCAAGGAGACCCAAACAGCAGUGAUUCAGAAGCGGUCGUGACCAGUUAUAACUGUCAGUUGUGUGAUUUCCGGUACUCGAUGGCCCACAGUGCGGAUGUGAUUGUGGUAGCGCCGUUACUCCUGCACUACCAGCACAACCACUCCAUACACCGAUGCUGCAUUCAGCACUGCAUCUAUUGUCCGCAAGGGCUCUGUCAACCACACAAACACUUGGGAGAGGUGUCCCACCCCUUUGCCUGUCGGAAGCCCACCUGUCCUAAAUGCUGUUCCAAGUUCCCUCAGUCCACCAAACAACAGGACACUGUGGGUGCAAAACCCGCUACUGCCACCUCACCCAGCGUCACCCCUCCUAAUCCUAGAGCUGACCCUGGUGCAACCUCUGGUUCAGACUUUCACUCAUCUAACCCUGCCCACCCUAUUGUCACACAAGGUGUCACCCACUUGUGUGACCAGUGUGCGUUCGCCACCACCGACAUCGAUGUGUUGCUCCAACACUAUGAAAGCUGCCAUACCCUGAUCAGCCUAAAGGGGGCGCUGCCACAUGUCAAGGCUGAGGAUGAGGUCGGGGGAGAGAAGGAGGGGGGAGGAGGAGGAGGAGGCGGCGAGAGAGAAUACUCUUGCACUAAGUGUCACUUCAUCACAGAAGUGGAGGAGGAGAUUUUUAGACACUACAGGCGUGUCCACGCGUGUUGCCGCUGCAGACGCUGCGACUUCACGGCUCCCGAUUCAUCUGCCCUCCUCGACCACUUUAACUCCGCCCACUGUCACGACUCGUCGCCCUCGUUAACAACGACCUCAUUGGCCACCUCACUGACAACCUCAUUAAGCCCCUCGUUAGCGCUCUCGGCCAAUGGCUGCUCGGCUCCCUCGACCUUAGCCAUUAAAGAAGAGAGCAAGGGGGAUCUCCGGCUCCUGUACUCCCUCGCGCCGCCCGAGGGAAGACUGGCAGAGGGAGGGAGGGACGAGGGAGGAGGGGUGGUGAAAAGCGAGGGAGGGGAGGAGAAGGAAAGAGGAGAGCGGGAGAAAGGCUGGGUCGUUGGGGAGACGAGAGGACUGGGAGAAAGAGGAGGUGAGCAGGCCCACGGCUUGCUGUGGGUGCCCAAGGAGCGAAUGGGAGGCGACAGAGGAGUAGAAAGAGGUGCAGGAGGUGGGAGUCCCUCUCUUUUCCCUUCUCCACUCUCGCUGUCAUUUGUUUCAGCCAAUCACGAGGCCUCGCAGCAAAAAAGAGGCGUGGCUUCCCCCAGCAUGGUUUACCUGGGAGACACCAAGUCGUUUUUGGGAGAUACCAAGGCGUUUUUGGGAGACACCAAACCAUACGGAGGCGCCAGGCCGGGAGGAGGCGGUGUAGCUGGCGGAGGAGAGAAGCAGAGCCAGAUGCCUCCACAGCAGUACGCAGGAGGAGGAGGGGGAGGAGGAGGAGGAAGUAGCAGUGGAGGAGGAGGACAGGAGGCAAAAGGAGGAGCUGCCAAAGAGGAGUCCCAGUCGCUGCUUCGGCGACGUAGAGGUAGCGGGGUCUUCUGCGCCAACUGUCUGACCACCAAGACGUCACUAUGGAGGAAGAAUGCUAACGGAGGCUAUGUCUGCAACGCAUGUGGUUUAUACCAAAAACUACAUUCGACACCCAGACCUCUAAACAUCAUAAAGCAGAACAAUGGUGAACAAAUUAUCCGACGCCGAACCCGAAAACGCCUCAACCCUGAUUCGCUGUCGGCUGAAAACCCUGCUCCUAAGCAGCAGCGAAUCACCAGCGAGGAGCGCAUGAACGGGGAGGAGUCAGACAGAAGCUGUCCACCAAUCAAAAACCAGCAACCUUCUCCUCGCUCGCGGUCACCGAGAUCCACGCAAGCCUUCUUAGCCAAUCAAACCUUGGAAAUCCACCGACGCAUGCCUCCUCUCCUCCUUCCUUCCCAUCCCCCUUCCUCGCUGGUAACCGAUGGUAACGGAGCCAUUGUCGAGGGAGGAAUAACAUCAAAAGUAGAUGGAGGAAAAGGAGGAGGAGGAUCAGAAAGGGGGAGCCCAAUUGAAAAGUACAUGCGUCCGUCCAAACCGUCCAGUUACUCUCCUCCUGGCUCACCCAUUGAAAAAUACCAGUAUCCCCUUUUCUCCUUACCCCUACCCUUGACCCUUUCGCCUGACUUGUCCUCUGAAUCUGAUUGGCUCAGAUUCUGGACCAAGUACAAGAUAGCAGCCACCUCUGGGGUUCCAGGUGGAAUCAGUAACCUUAGCAACCCUGGUAGCCUUGGAAAUAACGCUCAUUAUCUUGGCGCGAUGGUGACUCCAAUACAGCAUCAUCAGCAAAGCUACACGGUGCCUUACUGCGCCUCUCCCUACUCUCCUCUCCCUCCUCCUCCAGCUCCUCCUCACUACCCCCCUCCACCUCUUCACCCCCAAACCUCCUCCUCAUCCUCGUUAGAAAACGAUGCUCCUUUGGAUCUUGCAAUAAGACAAAGAGAUCCACAAGCAAAAGCCGUGAAUACACACAUGUCAACAAAUGGUGCAGAAAGGAGAAGGCAGGAGUCCCCUCUAGCUGAGAGGAAGAGAGACAACUGGAGAGGAGAGAAGGAGGAGGAGGAGAGGACAGAGGAAGAAGAGAACCAGAAGGAGGAGAUGGGAAGGGAAGAAAAGAAUCAAUUGGCAACAUCGAGAAGUCCGUCAAGUGUCGCAUCGAGUCGCACAACGGUGGAGGCGGCCACGCAGGACGACCUGACUAAUCGCUGCAUCCACUGUGGGAUUUACUUCCUAGAUGAGGUCAUGUACGCACUGCACAUGAGUUGCCAUGGCGACGGGGGACCAUACCAGUGCAGUUUCUGUCUCCACAUAUGUUUAGAUCGAUAUGAUUUUACCACACACAUACAGAGGGGCUUACACAGAUACACGGAAAAGACGACGCAGCGAAGUCACGAGCAAGAAGGCAGCGUUCAAAAAGUAGCAAUGAUGUCAGAAAAGGUAAUAGAAUCAGAGGAGAAAGAUAGUGGAGAUCACAGUGAUGUCAUAGCUGAGAGCGAUGAUGUUGCGGGGGUAUACAAUGCCGACAAAGCGGAAGACGUUACAGGCAGUGAUGCCAAUGAUGACGUUAUGGCAGGAGAUGAAGGGGAGGUAGGAGGAGAGGUCGAUGACGUCACAAACGAGGAAUCGGAAGCCAAGAUGGUCACAGACAGUGGUGACGACGUCACGAUAACCGCAGACGUCACAGCCAUCGCUGAGACUAAACAUUUAGAUGAGACGAGCUCAGUGAGUAAUUAAGUCUUGAGGAGAUGCAUUUGAGUCACAUAAACCUUUAACAAAGCAUUGGAUUGGAUGAAUAAGCUUUCUGCCCCCACAUUCCCAGAGGCUGGCUCAUGUCAAAAAAAGAGCCGAUCCUGGGCACCGAAUGGAACACAUCCGAACGCUGGAAGCACACGGCUGUCACGUUGUUGAAAAUUAUUGUAGAAGUCCUCUGAACUGCCGCAGGGACAGUUUGGAGAAAUAGCCUGAAACCUGUUUUGAGUGAGAGUCACCUGACAGCUCUUUGCCAAGUUACCUGACAGCAGAGUUCAGACAUGCAACAGGAAUCACAUUCAAUAAACAGCCGCUUCAAUUUACUUUCCAAGAGAAACGGAUUGAAAGUGGGACUGGUCUUGUAUCUACUGUUGUGGUCUGAUUUAGGAUGAGUUUGAGGAGCUCAGCACUUGCACAGCUACCAUAAAACAGAACAAAAAAAAAAUUACUAGAAGCAAAUACUAUUACUGAACUGAACAGAGCUGAGCUGAUUUGUUAUGCACCAUGUUAUAAACUGAACUCCACCGGGUCUGAGCUGGUCCAAACCAGUCUGAUGCUUUACUCAGACUGUUUUAUCUUGGUACAACCAGAUCUAAUCUGGUUAGAAGUUGUUUGUCCAGGUCCAGAUUGUGUUUGACUGUUGUUCCACUGUACAAAUGGAUCCUCGCCUACCAAAACUGCUUUCGACUGGUUGAAACGGAACUAAACCAGUAUGUUUGGACUGAAGGAUCAGUUCAGCUGGUUUUAUCCUGGUACAAAAGGAUCAGCUGGUGCCCUGUUGCUUCUGAAAGUGAGGAUCAACUCAUAAUGACCACCACUGCAAAGUGGCCUCAAAUGGGAGACGUGGCAUCAAGUAAAAACACAGUAUACUGUCCAAAAGAGCUUAAACUCUCUCAAACUGGUUGAAACUUUACAUGAACUGGUUUGAUUUGACCACAACUCGUUUGUACUGCUCAGAACCAGUUUGAACUGGUCAAAACCGGUUUAUUUCCGGACCGAAGUGUUCUGUUUUGUCAAUUUGGAUCGAACCAAGUGACAUUAUUUUCUACCUUCCUCUGUGCCAAGAUACUAGCUAUGUGCCUGGCUGCCUGCCUAAUAGAACAAACAAACUAUUAACCUGCUUAACAUUUAUAUUAAUAAUAAUAAUGGUAAUAAUAAUAACGAUGAUGUUAUAGUAAAAAACAUGCAAUUUGCUACAUUUUCCUAUAUGAUAUGUUAUUUUGUAAAGGCAAAGAAUGCUUUUUUGCAGGAAAUGGUACUAUAAUAAGUAGUCUUUACUUUAUUUUGGUUUUUAUUCUGUUUUGUUUUUGAGCUGUUUGUUGUUUGUGUUAUGGAGACUUGUUACCUUGAUGACAGCAGUCUAACAGAUGGUACAACAAAAGGGGUGGGGGGUGGGGGGGUUGUGUGUGUGUUUUUGUGUAAUUGCGUCUGUGUGUGUGAAGUGCGUGUGCAGGAUCAAAGGAUGUGUCCGUCCCCUAAUGAUGAUGUAAACAGAAUGAAGGCUCGCGAUUGGUUUUUCAGUCCUCAGGGGUCACACAUGUUGCACACCAGCCCACCUGUCUCACAGCAUGUGACAUGUUUUUUUACAUGUUGAUGUGUCCCAUGGUUUUAGCAUGUUACAUAAUAUGUUCUCUUAUGUAUGUUCUUAUGUUCUUUACGUGUUAAUAGGUCACACGGUCUUAGCAUGUAACAUAAUGUUUUCUGUUUGAGCUUAAUGUUUUGCUAGGUCACAUGGUCUUAGAGAGAGACUUAGGAUCUUAGAGAGACAAAUCCUGAAAUUUUGUCAAAAAGAAGCUACACUUGCCCUGUAUUGAGGCGGCAAGGCUACAGUGUUUUAUCAAGGUUACCGCUAAUUAACAGCGUGUUAACAUAAAAUGAAAUCUGUAAAAUAAAUAGCCUUUAUUAAGGUUAGGAACAGUUGCAUGUUUACACAACUUGUCGUGGGAAAAUCAGAAAAUAUCUGACGAAAUGAAAAAUUACUCAGACUAACUCAAUCAGCUAAUCUGACCACAUUGUUUUCAGCUAUAAAUUUACCCAUAUCACCUUUUAACCUCAGUCUCUCUUUAAGUCACAAUCUACAGUUCUCAUUGUUUAGUUUCUUUUUUGGGAGGAUCAGAGUUAUGACGUGUACAGGUUCUUAUGUCCUUAAAAGCCUCCUUGUUCUCCAUCCAGAAUGGAGCAAUGGAGUUGUGGCCAUCUUGUUUAUUUUUAUUAAGCAAGAAUCACCUCUCCAGCCCUGCUGCCUUAGUUGCUAGGAAACAAAAAAAAAAUCACCAAGGGACUCUUUUGGAGGGAAAUAAUGGUUGAAUAGUUCAAUAGAAAGGAAGUGUGAGAGAAAAGGAACAUCCUAAAGGAAAAAAAAAAGAUAUUUUUCUAUGCUUUUGCAAAGGACAUGAAUGAAAAAUCUUCCUCCUAGUGCCUGGUAACUUGUACAGUUUUUCUAAUAGGUAUUUCUGUCUGUCUGUCAAUCAAAAAACUAUGUAAGUCAGAGUCAUUUAUCAUGGAGAAGUUGGGCAAACCUUGCAGAAUGCUAUAUUGAUUUCCAUACCGGAGUUACCAGAGUCAUUGUGGUGAUACUUGGUUUGAGCCAAGUUGUCUGAUUGCUUUAGAUAAAUGUUCAAACUUUGCUUUAUGAGCUCACGAGAAACACCCAAAUGUGCUUUUACAAACUAGGAAUUGGUUGCAAUGCUAAUUGGUCCCUCACUAGUUAAUUAUCUUUUCUUUUUUUCCCCCCUUAUGUAUGUACACUACUUAUAGGCAAACAGUGCAUAUGCCUUGGUAACUCUUGCAGAAGUUGUUGUCUUCUAUAAUUUAAUUAGUGUGGUGAUUCACACACCAGGUCUUGUCAUCACAGCGCCCACAUCAUGAUAAACAAUGCCAACUAUGUCACUGCAGCAAGUAAAUCAAGAAUCAGUGUGUAGUUGUCUGGAGUUUUCUUGAGGAAAACAGAUAAUUUUUGGUUCAUGAAACCAGCACUUAUAACAGAAAUUUGUCUUAUAAAAUUUUGUCUUUGAACAUCAAAGUAACAGAAUAGAAAGAAAGUAAACCCUUUACUCUGAUCAAAGCUGAACAAAAUGAAAUAGUGGAAUUUGUCACCAGUUUGUGCUGGUCCCGUGUCAGCCCACUGAGUUCUUUACCUCUGUAAUAACUUGCCGUAAAACUUAAAGUCAGUCUUGUACAUGCAGAGAUUUUGCACACCUUGUAAAAAUGAGACAUUCAUUUCCAAACUCCCUAAUCAUCACUGGUGAUCUACAGUGACACUGAGUCAUAUUAUUCAUUAAAUUCAUGUUCGGCCUUUGAGAUGAUCAUGGUAUGCUGCAUUUCUCUGUGCUGAUUGACAGUGCGUCAUGCCUUAACAGCUCUAACUCAUAACAAAAACAGCUGAGAAGCCAUCUAAAACAGUACUGCACCAUACUGAACUGUGCCACAAUAAAAGGCUACGAAACCCACUUCUGUAGCAUUGUAACUCUCUCACUGUGUGUGGCUGUAACAUCAGUGUCAUCGCUGCCGUCUGAGGACUUCUCAUCACUGAGCUGAGCCACAGUAUACAAGGCUCAGAAACCUGGAAACAGUCUACAUAUCUGACUAAACGCAUUUCUAAAUACCUUCAUUCAAUACAGUUCCACAUUUCAACCCAUGGGAAUAAAGAUAAUCCUUUUUUUGUCACUUUUACAAUAUUUUUUAUCCAGCAUGUCACCUAAAUAUGGAUAUGCACACCUCUGCUGCCCUUUAAACAACCUAUAAAACCAGGUCAAUACCCCUCUGAACUGUGUUACAAUAUAAAAGUAAAAAAAAAAAUAAAAUACAGAAACAGCCGUUUGUGCAACAUGCAGACCUGUGCCAGCUUUGUACCUAACAUGAACCCCACUCUGAUGUGAAGUGUUGGAGCAGACGUUGUACCUUUUACUCUAUUUCGUCUGCAUCGGAGUUUGCCUAACAACUUUUACCAUGUAAUAUCUAUUUAUAUCAGAUGUCAAGUGAAGACUUCUCAACUCGAUUUUUGAAGUCACACUUUUGUAAAAAUGCAUUUAUCUGAAAGAUUGUGCGGCCCUUUAUUUGCUGAAUAAGUAUUCUGAAGCUUAUAACACCCAUUCAGAUGUCCUCAUGCGGCUUAAAAAUAUGAUUCAGUCUGUUUUUCUGCAAAACUGAAAAGUUGAUUUGAAUUGUCUGUAUUUUUUUUUUUUUUUUUUUUUUUUUUUUUUUUUUUGAAGAUACAAUGUCAUCUGACUGUAAAAGUACAGCUUGUAUAAAUGCAUUUUUUUUGUGCCAAUAUGCAAAACUUUUGGAAUUAGAGUUUUUGACUUAUGGGCAUCACACAAGGGGCUGCUAGCAGAAUUAAAAAAAAAAAAAAAAAAAAGAUGUUUACAUUUGCAAA